UUUAGCGUUUGACAAAACGAGAUUGUCCAAAAUAAAAAUUCAUUUUGAAUCUGUACACACGUAGUGAUGCCAUUAUUACCAGUCGUCGCUCCAGCAUCGAGCUUUUAUUUUCUUACUUCGUUUUUUUUUUUUUUUUUCGAUAAUCACGCACCUUGACCUAUCGUUUCCGAUAUCGUCGUCAAGAAUAAUCUCAUAAUGAAAACGCGGAAAAUUUAUCGGUCGACCGAGGCUCGAUAUGUACAGAUUGAAAACACGAACAAUUGCCUGUGUAUUUCUUUUACUUCAUCAAUUGGAUUACCGCGGAUUCGAACGAAGCCGUAUGGUCUCUUGAUACCCAAGAAUUUAGCGGUGAUCUUUUUUUAUUGCAUAAAAAUAUCGAGAACGUAGUUCAACGACGCUACUGAUAUUUAAUAUUUGCUGUGAAUCAGAAUUCGUUUAAUGAAAUGCAAAAGACACGAAGCUUGUUACGCAAGUAAACAAAAAACGUUACACGGAAAUUGUAUGAAAUACGUGAAAAAAAUCGCAUGUCUGAUGAGCGUAAGAUGUUGAAACUCAAUUAUAGAACUUGGCCGAUGAAUAAUGAAUAGAAAAUUGGAAAAUGACGCGAAAAGUCACGCGUUGUGUUCGAAGAAUGAAACGCGGCCGCCAUGCAGCAUGUGUCAGCAUUGUUCCUAAUCUUCUCUAAGUACCCUUAACCCAAUUGAAUUAGAAGGGCACACCCCGUGACACGCGCCUCUGAAGUCGUGUCGUCUGCAUUUGCUCUUUUUCGCGCGCGUGAAACGCGAGUGCGUGUACGAGUUCUAUUCUAUUUGUUAUGUUUCUCUUUUUUUCACGAACGAACAAAAAGAAGCCAGUGGCUCGAGCUUGAGGCACUAUAUCUGAGAGAUGAACAAAAUCGGUGUAUUCGUCAUAAAAAUUCCGGAGUAACUCCAGGGACGCGGCGCACUAUUUCUUUAUUGACAAAACUAGCACGUACCAUACCAUUAAUUUGAAUUGAUUUUCUGCUAUAUACGCUAAUUAUCAUACACACACGUAACUCUCGCAGACCUCUUCGACUUCAUUUCAUUUAUUUGCUUUAUGUCCUUUCAUUUGAUACGAUGAGACGUUUGACGAAGUGAGUGUCCUUGAAAAGAGAAGAGUAAUAGUUGUCGAGAGGGCACGCUUUUUGAAAGAUGUUGAGCGAACAGUGGAUUUGAUCGACAGUGACCGAUCAAAUUUUCUAAUUCAUCCAAUUGCUUUUGGGUUGGCCUCCUACCAGAACUCGCUAAAUCUACUGCAAGAGCUGGCACACGCUAUCUAAAUACUUUUGUCUCUGGUUCGUGACGACCUCGGAGGGACGACCCUCGUGUCAUGAUCGCGCGAGGGUGAAAAAGAAAAAGACGUAGCAGGAUGGAACAAAUGGCACGUCGGUUGCAUUGCCAUCGGAAGGGAGUUAAUACACGUCACGUAACGCGUUUCUAAGGUAUCGGCGAAGUUUCGGUAGCCUGAGCGCGGGCAAAGUUCACGAGAAUGGAGCAUCUGGAUGAAAAUCAAACCUCAGGAUCACCGAACGCCAAGACGACGGAAAACACGGAUGACGAAGAUGGCUUCGAUCUUGAUGAUCUUUUACCGAUCGUCGGCGAGUUCGGUCGUUAUCAAAAGCAACUUCUCUGGCUUGUGUGUCUCCCGGCGUGUCUUCCGUGUGGGUUUUGCGCCUUCAAUCAGCUCUUCAUGGCCGACACGCCACCCCACUGGUGCAAAGUACCGGGGUUGGAGAACCUCGAUGUCUUCCGCAGAAAGAAACUCGCGAUUCCUAUCAGUCAGGACGACAAUGAAACGUACAGUCAAUGCACACGAUACGAUAUCGAUUGGACAGCGGAAAACGUUUCUGUCGUGACGACAAACACAUCGUGGCCCAUUGUUCCAUGCGAUCAUGGUUGGGAGUAUGAAACUACAGAAGUGAAAUCUUCCAUCGUUAUCGAUUUCGAUCUCGUGUGCGAUCACGCGAUUUACCCGACCAUCGGGUUGGUGGCUUUGAAUACGGGAGGACCGAUCGGGGUGUAUCUCUUUGGUACCUUAAAUGACAGAAUCGGUAGAAGAUUGUCCUUUUUCACGUGCCUGGCGACUUUGAUAACCGGUGGAUUUUUAACGUCGAUGUCGAACAGCUUUUGGACCUGGGCUGCUACCAGAGUGGUCGUCGGCCUGACCAUUCCUGCCAUUUACCAAAUACCUUUCAUCAUAUCUCUGGAACUGGUUGGACCAAAUUAUCGAUCAUUCGUGACGGUGAUGACGUGCAGCUUUUACACAAUGGGAUUGUGUAUGUUGGCUGGUGUGACCUAUUUGAUAAGAGAUUGGAGAACGCUUGCUCUAACUACGAGUGCACCUUUCCUGUUGUAUAUCGUCUACUGGUGGUUCCUGCCGGAGUCACCGAGAUGGUUGCUGGCGAAGGGUCGCUUAGGCGAAGCGAACGACAUCCUGGAACGGUUGGCCAAAGUAAACGGGAAAGAGUUACCGAUCUCUUUCACGCAAAAACUUCGGCAACGAAUGAUGAUGUCACGGUCCAAAAGUGAAGAGGAGAGAUUACGCAGCGGGCCCGGUGUAUUAUCUCUCUUUAAAACACCUAAUAUGCGUCUAAAGACGAGCCUGAUCACUCUAAAUUGGUUCGCCAACAACAUGGUAUACGUUGGAUUAUCUUACUACGGACCAGCAUUGGGUAACGAGGAACACUUGAGUUUUUUCUUCUCGUCGUUGGCUGAGAUUCCAAGUUACAUGGCCUGUUGGGUGGUGAUGGAUCGAUGGGGUCGUCGCUGGCCUCUUUGCUUAUGCAUGGUACUGGCUGGCGUGUCGUGCAUCGCCACGGUUCUUUUGUCACCCGACGCAGUUAUGGCUACGCUAAUUCUAUUCCUCUUAUCAAAAUCCGCGAUAUCGGCCUCUUUUCUAAUUAUAUAUCCGUUCGCCGGUGAACUUUACCCCACGCAGUUACGCGGCGUAGCGAUCGGUUUCUCAGCCUACAUCAGCGGUCUCGGUCUCAUAAUCAUUCCUUUUGUUACAUAUCUUGGCAAGGAGAACUUGGUGCUGCCCCUCGUGAUCCUCGGUGUGGUGUCUGUAAUUGGCGGACUGUCUGGCCUCCGUUUACCCGAGACACUGCAUCAUCGAUUACCACAGACCGUAGAGGAAGGAGAAUUGUUUGGGAAAGAUUGGACAUGUGCUGAUUGCUUUCGUUGCGUCCCGAUCAAACCAUCGUCGGCCGCAGCAUCUUACGAAGAUUUAUCGAUCCGAGAGACCGUGGAGAUGCACGAAGUUCCCGAGGCACCGAUUCCUCAGAGGCUGCUGGAGGAUCAACAAAGACCGAGCAAUGCGAGCGUGCGUCGGUUGGUUCGACAGUCCAGCGUGAUGGACACGCAGCGGGAUUCCGAUGGAUCGAUUAAGAUGACUUAUUGGUUUUAGAUUUGAAUCGAGCUUUGAGUUUCAAAAUAAAACCGAAACUAUCGACCCAGAGAGGUAUCA